CCUCCAUCCCUCCUGUGGGCCUGGGACCCCUCUCUGUGCACCCCUCUGUGGGGCAGGGUCCCUCUUCGAGCAGGACCCUCCCUCUGUGCCAUGUUCUGUGGGGAAGGGACCCUCUUACAGCCCCUCUGUUGGGUGGGACUUUCCCCGAUGCCUUGUUCUGUGUGAAAGGGACCUUUUUUCCAGCCCUUCUGUGCGGUGGGACCUCUCGCCGUGCCUUGUUCUGUGGAGAAGUGUCUCUCCUCCAUCCCCUCGUUGGGCUGUACCCUCUCUCCGUGCCUUGUUCUGUGGGGAGGGGUCCCUCCUCCAUCCACUGUUUGGGCAGGACCCUCUCUGUGUGCCUUGUUUUGUGUGACAGGGUCUGUGCUCCAGCUCGCUGUGGGGCAGGACCCUCUCCCUGUGCCUUGUUCUAUGGGACAGGGCUUCCCCUCCAUCCGCACUGUGGGGCAGGGAUUUCCCCCUCCUCAGCAGCUCCCAUGGAGGACAGGGUCCUUCCCUCUCUGCUCCACAGUCCCUUUUGGGGCAGGGACCUCCACAAGGCAAUGGAGCAACCGCCAUGACCCUGCAGACCCCUAAAGGGACACCCUCGGGGUGUCUGGGCUGYGCUUUUGCCGUGUCUGGCAGCACUAUAGGGUGCUGUAAGGUCCCGUUUGUGGGGCAGAGGUGACAGCCCAGAGCAGGGGACAGCAGAGGCUGGAGCGUGGACUGGGACUGCAUCACCCCGGAGGGAUGGAGGAGGGGGCUGGGGCGGCACAAAGGGACAGGGGAGAUGUCCCCAACCAGCGCCCAUCCUGCCUGGACCCCCUGGAUGAGGGGGAGCUCCUGGGGGUACCACCCCAUGCUCGACUCGGGGUCCCCAGGUCACCUCUGUUCCUGGUAGUCGCUGGCUUGGAAUCAGACACGUCCCUUUGCUUUCGCUGAGGCCAAGACAGGACGCUGCGGGUUUCUUCUCCUUAAAAAAAAAAAACCUAAAAAAAAAAGCAAAAAAGACCCAGAAAUGGCAAAAGCUGCUUUUUUGGAAUUACACUGGGCUGCUGUUCCUGCCGUGCCAGCACGUCCGUACCGUCCCUGCAUCCGCCGCUUUGGCAGGGGACGUGCGUGGGACUCUGGGGAUUGGAAACCAACGGGUAAAAAUGCACCUCCUGCGGUUUUGGGUUUUGGUUUUUUGUUUGUUUAGUUCAGCCUGCCUUUGUCUUCGCCGGGGGUGCACGGAGGACGACACGCGUAGGUCUUGGUCACCCCACGAGCGGCGCCGGCUCCCUCGGAUGUGCCAGCUUGUGUGUCUGGGGGUUGCUUCCCCCCUCCCGUGCACACCUUUGGCAGGAGGUUUGGAUGACAUCUUGCUCUGGCACGCUCCUCGCCUUUGAUCUCGAGUUUCCUGCCAUGGAUAACGUGUUCGGCAACACGCGAGCCCGGCUCCGCAGCUGCCGGGGAGGGCCAUGCGGGUGCCUCCUCCUCGUCCCGGUUUUCCCCAGCUGGCUCCUGCCUACAGCUCCCGGCUUUCCUUUGUUUCGGGCGCCGCCGGGACGGGCUCUCACAGCCCAGGGAUGCUCUGAACGGAGCMGAGCUAAGCACAAAAAGACACCCCCUCCCAUCCCUUUGUUUCCAGGCGUUUGCGGGCUCAGCUGGUUUUACGCGGCGUUUCGUGUGCUCAUUUCGGGGGCAGAUAAACCGUCUACUCAAUGUCUCUUUUUUUAUCCUGAGUUAUUUUGGGUGAUUCAGUUUGCAGGGAGCACACCCGGCUGCAGGCUGUGCCGGAGGGAUGCGGCAGCUUCCUGGGAACGGGGUGAAUUUGCCAGAAGCAUAACUGGAACAUCUCGUGGUUGUCCUCUGGUGUCCUCCUCGCAUCUCCUCGGCCUACCCAUGAGCUCGGACUUCCAGCAUUACAGUUUCAGGAUGCCGAACAUCGGGUUCCAGAACCUUCCUCUCAACAUAUACAUCGUGGUUUUCGGCACAGCCAUCUUUGUCUUCAUCCUCAGUUUGCUCUUCUGUUGCUACUUGAUCAGGCUCAGGCAUCAGGCACACAAAGAGCUUUACGCCUACAAACAGGUCAUACUCAAGGAGAAGGUGAAGGAACUGAACCUCCAUGAGAUCUGUGCCGUGUGCCUGGAGGAGUUCAAGCCCAAGGACGAGCUGGGGAUCUGUCCCUGCAAACAUGCCUUCCACAGAAAGUAAGUGUGGGCAGUGCCUGGGGCUGGGGGCUCCUCCCACCCCAUCCCGGGGCAGCAAGGGCAGGAAAAGCCCCUUUGUGGAGCAGCAGAGGUUGGGARCUGGAAAACUCAGUCACAGUUUGGGGAUCUGGGAUUUAACUUGCAGGAGUUGGCCUUGUGAUCCUCAUGGAUCCUGUCUAACUCAGUCUAAAAUUUCAGGAAUAAUGUAAAUAUGUAUGUUUUAUAUAGGUGGGGUUUAUAUGAAAUUA